GACGUCUUCUGGGAGAAAUUCUGUCUCUCCCGGGGUCUAGCAGUAAUGACAGCUCCAAACGCUGAAGAAAGAAAAGCCUGCUGGAACGCCAGAGACCAUCUGUGGAAAUGUCUGGAUGACAAUUAUGACAAAGCUGAAUCCUGCCAGAAGUUCCAGAGGGAGUUUGAGGCAAAUUGCCCUGCUCAGUGGGUGAAAUAUUUCACCAAGAGGAGAGACUACCUGAAAUACAAGGAGAAGAUGCAGACACAAGGCUUCAUUCCUGGUGAGGGCCCCAAGCAGCCUUCCUAACCACGGCAGUCCAUCGAGCCCUGCAGACUGCCUUUUAGCCCUAUUCAGAACAGGGCCACUGGUGUAGGACUUGGAGAAGAGUUUCCCAGCUUUAUUGUGGACUGAGUACCUGAACGUCACCUUCAUCGUUAUUUAUUUGUACGGAUGUAAGCUGCAUAAAGAAACCCUUCAUAUUAGCAGCUCCAUGUGGCUGCUUGUAUUUGAGCUGCUCUCCUGAGAAAUAUGUGGCAUCGGCUCAUGUUAACAAGCCCAGCUGGUCUGAGAUGGUUUUAGUUUUUAGAUGAAACUUAAACAUCAAAGUGAAAAAACAUUUUUUUUCUCUAUCAGUUGGAUGUCACAUGUCAAUGUGUGGGCAACCUCAUCUGUUGUUCCUGGUAAAAUUUAAAAUGAUCCAAUACUUGUAAUCAGUGCAGCUCUUACAAACACGUAGUCCAUGCAGACACACACACAACUUUGUGUCAAACACUCACCCCGACUCUGUCCAAGAUUCUUUUCUGUGGUUGUGGUUAAUGAGAGUUGAAUGAUGUUUUUGUGCAUCCAUACCAGUAGUGAGUCUCGAUUAAUUAAAUACUACAAGUCUGGUUUGCACUUUAACACUGAUCUUAACUGAUUACUGACAAAUACCUUUUAUUUCCAGGAUUCAUUUGACAAAAUCUUAAAAGUGUGACUGACUUGGAUGUGAAUAAAUAAAACAAUAAUACAGACA